AUGGCAUUACAGGGUUUGGGAGAAGCGGGUCCAGCACAGCGUGGUGACAGUGCUGUCCAGGACAACGCAGCCAGACAUCUGUUCCACAAUGUAAAUGAAGAACGCCUGAGGAGCAUAAAAACUUUUGCAACCUUUAUUUCCUUAUUGGACAACUAUGAGACAUCAACUGGUAUAGCAGAAGUAGUGACUCCAGAAGAAAUAGUUGAAAACAAUUGUUUCCUUGAUGCUAUCUUAGCAACCAAAGUCAUGAGACUAGCCCAUGACUAUCUGCUGAAAAAAAACCUAGCAAAGCCAAACCUUGCUGAUUUCAAACAUCAGCUUUAUGACAUCUGGUUCCAGCUCUAUGCCAGGAAAGAAGGAGACAGACCGGAUUCUUGUGGUUUUGAACAUGUUUUUGUUGGAGAAACAAGGCAUGGUAAAGAGAUCUUAGGUUUGCACAACUGGGUGCAAUUUUACCUUCAGGAAAAGCUGAACCAGAUUGAUUACAAGGGAUAUGUGGCUCGGAAGAACAAAACCAGGCCUGACAAGGACGACCAAGUUCUGAGCAUCCAGUUCAGCUGGAAGGGCUCCAUCAAGCCGAUUGGAAGCACCUUUAUUGGUGUCAGCCCGGAGUUCGAAUUUGCCCUUUACACAGUCAUUUUCCUGCUGUCUGAAGAAAGAGUCACACGUGAAACAGUGAAGAUAGAUGAGUAUGACCUACAGAUGGUUGUCUGGCGCCAUGGGCACCACAUUGGGACAGCGUAUCCAGUACUGCUCAGCACCACUAGUGAGGACUAGUGGAGUGAGCAGGAAAGUUUUCUUUUUAA